CCUCAUAUUUAGAUUUUCUAAAAAAAGUAAAAAAAAAAAUAUAUGACAAUUUCUUUUUAGAAUGAAAAAAAGAAAAAAAAUCUAUAUAUUUCCUUCUCAGUCAUACUCGGACAAAUUUCUAAAAAUAAUUCUUAGAAACAAAACCAGAUAAAAUUUGGUCGUAUAUUAUUCUCCACCAUUGUAUUCUUUCAGGUAUACAUAUAUAUAUAGAGAAGUAAUUGUGUCAAUGACCACAUUCAUCAUCAUGUCUUCUUUCAACCGCAUAUUCCUCUCUAUUCUCUUUUUAUCCUACUCAUCCGCCAACAAUGAACCGCCUUUGCAAACUCCAACGCCAGCCCCAUCACCAGGUGCUACUCCUUCCCCCCUCAUCCAGCAAGCCUGUAAAGCCACCCGUUUUCCACAAUCAUGCCAGACCACGCUGACCAAGCUUGGCGGCCUCGGACCCAAGGCCACUCCAGUUGAGGUUAUCCAGGCGGCGAUAAAGGUCUCAUCGGACAAUCUCCACAUUGCCAAUUCAAUGAUCGAGCACAUCGCCAAGUCAUCAUCUGAUAGCUUCAACCGUACAAGGGCCUCCAAGAACUGCCUAGAGUUCUUACGUUACUCUGACUACCGUACAUCAAUGGCCAAUGCCGCAGUGCCUAGUGGAAAAACCAAGGAUGCACGGGCGUGGAUGAGCGCAGCGCUGCUGUACCAGUACGACUGCUGGUCUGCGCUUAAGUACACCAACGACACCCAAUUGGUGAACCAGACAAUGUCGUUUCUUAACUCAUUGACCGAACAAUCAAGCAAUGCUCUGAGCAUGAUGGCAUCUUACGACAAUUUCGGAGACGACAUGUCCACGUGGGCCCCACCCAAGACAGAGCGUGAUGGAUUUUGGGAGAAGGGAUCCGACGGUGGAUCAGAGAUUGGGUCCCGGGGCGGGUUCCCGUCGAAGUUGACGGUGGAUGUGACGGUGUGUAAAGACGGGAGGAACGGGUGUUACAAGACGGUGCAGGAGGCCGUUAAUGCUGCGCCCAGUGAAGGCAAUAAAAGGUUUGUGAUCCGCAUAAUGGCUGGGGUUUAUGAGGAGACGGUGAGGGUCCCACUUGAGAAGAAAAAUGUUGUGUUUCUAGGAGACGGGAUUGGCAAAACUGUUAUUACUGGGUCACUGAAUUUUGGCAUGCAGGGAGUUACCACGUAUGAUAGUGCAACAGUUGGAGUUCUUGGUGAUGGGUUCAUGGCCAAAGGCAUAACCUUCCAAAACAAAGGGGGGCCUGAUGCACACCAAGCUGUAGCAUUCAGAUCAGACAGUGAUCAUUCCGUGAUUGAGAAUUGUGAAUUCUUAGGCAACCAAGACACUCUCUACGCACACUCACUUCGCCAAUUCUACAAAUCAUGUCGCAUCCAAGGCAACGUAGAUUUCAUAUUUGGAAACUCAGCUUCAUUUUUCCAGGAUUCCGAAAUCCUAAUCGCACCGAGACAAGCCGAUCCAGAGAAAGGCGAGAAGAACGCAGUGACAGCACAUGGAAGGAAGGACCCUGCACAAUUUACUGGCUUUGUUUUCCAAAAUUGCUCAAUCAAUGGAACUAAAGAAUACAUGGAGUUGUAUAAGAGCAACCCUAAAGUGCACAAAAACUUCUUAGGAAGGCCAUGGAAAGAGUAUUCAAGAACAAUUUUCAUGGGAUGUAACAUGGAAGCAUUGAUCACUCCUGAAGGAUGGCUGGAAUGGGACAAUAAUGUUGGUUUGGAAACACUAUUUUAUGGCGAAUUUGAAAACACUGGACCAGGGUCAAACUUGUCACAAAGAGUACCGUGGAGUAGCCGAAUUCCAGUUGAACAUAUUAAUACGUAUUCAGUCCAAAACUUCAUCCAAGGACAUGAUUGGAUUCCUACAAAUUAAUAAUAGGAUCAAGUCCAUGCACUUAUGCUAUUUGCCUAAUGCUAAUGCAGAUGGUGUAGCUCAUACACUAACUAAGUCUCUUACGAGUCAAUUAAGUUAUAGUUUUUGGACUGUUUCUUGUCCAUGGUUUUUGAGUUCUCCUGUAACAAUUAUUUAUUAAUAAAAUGCAACUUUUCAUCAUAAAA